AUGACUACUACUAAUGGAGUAGAUGUAGAUGAUGAUUCAUUUGAUGCUGAUGAUGAUCGAUAUGAUACACUUGUACUACCAUCUGAUGUACAAAAAGUGAUUGAUCAAAUACGUUCAUUGGAUAUGGAUACUGAUAUUCGUUUUACUAUACGUGGUCAUUCCGAUAUAGAAAUUGAUGAACAUAAAGCAUUAGAAGGAGCACAAAAUUCAAUAUUAUUAUUAUUUCAAUAA